AUGAGCUCUAUGAACGGUCGUUUCAAGGGCUUUGGCUUUGGGAAACGGAGAUCUGCCGCCAGCAUACAGAACCCAAUCGACGGCCAACCGCCCAGCCAAACCCCGCCUCCUGCCCAGCUUCACCAGCAUCCCACGCCUCCUCUCGGCCCUCCCACUUCCUCCACGACCAGUCUUCCGAUGAAUCGUCCCGGUCCCGCGAACCACCCUCCUGGCUACAGUCCAGGCUACUCGUCUGGUCCUCCCCCAGGUGUCGACCGUACGAGCCCUCUUGCACAGGGCCAGAAUCGCACGCCUCCAACCCAAAUGGUCGGCGGCCCUCCGCCCAUCAACACGGGCGCCCCGAUGGACUACCCGCCUCAGAACAUGAAUCACAUGGGUGGUGGCCCGCCGCCAAUGGGUGGUCCUCCUCAAGGUGGCCCCCCCGGGUUCGGUGGCCAGACUGGCUACCCUCCAGGCGCGCCGCCACCACCCGGCGGCCCUGUAGCCCAGCAAUUUGGGCGCGGAAACCCUGCGGCGGAGGUAGAGGGCUCGAACAAGAGCAAGGCGCAGCUGAUUGUUGGCAUUGAUUUUGGCACGACCUUCUCGGGUGUAGCGUUCGCCUUUGCGACUAACAACGAAGCAAAAGAGGAUAUCAUUUCAGAGUGGCCAGGGGCCGGUUCUUACACAAAGCAGAAGAUCCCCACCGUUCUCUACUACGAUCAAUACCAGAAAGUCGUCGGCUGGGGACCCGAUAUCGCAGACGCGUUGGCGCCAACAGGAUAUCCUAAGCCAGGCGUGCAAAAGGUCGAGUGGUUCAAGCUGCAGUUGAUGCUGAGUGGCAACACAUACAUUGACCCCAUCAACCUGCCCCCUCUGCCUCCUGGCAAGUCAGAAAUCGAUGUGGCUGCCGACUACCUCUUCAAGCUACGCCAGGCUAUGCGCUCUGCGCUGCAAAAGACGUUGGGCGAAGUCUUUAACCGUGAAGAGCGCAACAUUCGAUACUAUCUCACAGUGCCCGCCAUCUGGAACGAUGCUGGCAAGGCAGCCACACGUGCGGCAGCAAUCCAAGCCGGUUUCUUGCGCGAUGAGAAUGACAACCGUCUAACACUCAUUUCUGAGCCCGAAGCGGCCGCCAUGUUUUGCUCCAAGACUGGUCUACUCAACCUCAAGGUGCAUGACGCUGUGCUGAUUGUGGACUGCGGCGGUGGUACCGUCGAUUUGAUUGCGUACGAGGUCGAAGACGAGAGUCCCUUCACUGUGGCCGAGUGCACAGCUGGUUCUGGCGAUUCCUGCGGUUCGACGGCGCUCAACCGAAACUUCAGCAACAUUCUGCGCACCAAGAUCCGCAAGAUGAAGCUGGCCGAUGGUUCCAAGACGGCCGGUCGCGUAUAUGCCAAGUGCAUCAUGGACUUUGAAAACCGCAUCAAGGCCGAUUUCCGCAACAAUGGUCAAAAGUGGGCUGUCGAUGUUGGUAUCGAGGCUGAGUACCCCGAUGCUGGCAUUGAAGAGGGUUACAUGACCUUUACCAACGAGGAGAUUCUGCAAUGUUUCGAGCCUGUCAUCAACCGUAUCCUCGAGUUGGUCCGCAACCAGAUUAUCGCCAUCCAAGCACAGAAUCGCGCCCUUCAGAACAUCCUGGUUGUCGGUGGUUUCGGUGCCUCUGAAUACUUAUUCCAGCAGAUCAAGUUACACGUUCCCCCACAGUUCCAAUCAAAGGUUGUGCGUCCUAUGGACUCGGUGGCUGCCAUUGUCAAGGGUGCCGUCACAUCUGGCAUUUCCGAGCGAAUCGUCACCCACCGUGUCGCCCGUCGCCACUACCUCAUGGCCACCCUGCAGCCUUUCAAGGAGGGCUACCACCCCGAGGCAUACCGUGUACCCUCCCUGGACGGUAAGGACCGCUGCAAGUUCACACGCCAAAUCUUUGUUCAGAAAGGGCAAAGAGUCAAGAACGGCGAGCCUGUCAGGGUCUCUUUCUUCCGACAGGUUGCCCCCGGCGCCACACUCAUGUACGAGGACGUGCUGUACGCUUGCGACGACGAUGUGUGCCCAGAAUACACCAAGGACCCUCGCAUCAAGGAGGUCGUCACGCUCACCUCGGAUCUCUCACGCAAGAACCUCGAAAAGGACUUUGAGCGCAUGGAUACCCCACAAGGCACCUUCUACCGUGUCUAUUUUGAUAUUUACUUGACACUCGACGGUUCGGAAUUCAGCGCAGAGCUCGUCUGCCAAGGCGAGGUCAUGGGUCGUUGCCGCGCACGUUUCAGAUAA